AUGGAAAAGUUUCUGCUGCUGGCUUUGGCAGUUAGUCUGGCUCAUGCUCUUUCUGAGCUUGAAGGAGACUGGGUUAGCACUGCCAUCGAUGCUGACAAUGUUGCGAAGAUAGCAAACCAGGGAACUUUGAGACUUUAUUUUCAUAAAAUGACUUGUCUUGAAGGAUAUGAUAAAUUGGAAAUCACAUUUUAUGUAAAUUUGAGUGGACAAUGCUCAAAGACAACAGUUGUUGUGUAUAAGCAAGAAGAUGGCAACUACAGAACCCAGUAUGAAGGAGACACAAUAUUUAAACCCAUGAUUAUAACAAAAGAAAUCCUAGUCUUUACCAAUGAGAAUGUGGAUAGAGAUAGCCUGGAAACACACUUGAUUUUUGUAGCAGGAAAAGGUGACCACUUGACCCAUGAACAAUAUGGAAGACUUGAGGAACAUGCUAAAGAACAGAAAAUUCCAUCAGAAAGCAUUAGAAAAUUGCUGGUUUCAAGUAACCUUUGA